GUCAACGGGACCCCGUUGGCUUCGAACCUGGCUCCUUUUUAAACAUUUUUAAAGGGCAUGUUGUUCCGAAAAUGAGUUUGGUGCUUAGAAACCUGCAACGAGCUGUCCCCAUCAGGAGAGCGCCUCUUCGCAAGAAGUUGGAGAUUAAUGUAAAAGCAGGUGAACUUCCCCAGCCUGAUUUUCCAGAUGACUACAAUUUGGGUGACAUUUUCCUAGGAGUGGAGUAUAUCUUCCAGCAAUGCAAAGGGAAUGAGGAUUACUAUGACGUCCUUACCGUGACCGCCACCCAUGGGCUCUGUCACCUGCUGGGCUUCACACACAGCACGGAGGCUGAAUGGCAGAAGAUGUACCAGAAGGAAAAGCAGGUUCUCGAGGAGCUGAGCCGGCGCACCGGGACCAGUCUCCAGCCCCUAAGCAGGGGCCUCUUCUGA